AAGUCAAUUAGCUAUUGUUCACAGAAGUGAUUACACAUUUAAGUCAGCAGGUGUUAUAGUGAAAAUUUCUGAUUAGGUUUAUUUAAUAACAGCUUUUAAAUCGUAUGUCGCAACUAUAAUACAUUAACUAGACGUUGAAAAUUAAGAAUUGCCAAAGUUAGCGGCGGAUGUGCGCUUGGUAUGGAUUGUAUGCAUUGAAAAUGGAUCCAUAUUCUAGAAGUAUUAUUUGGAGGACCAAUGGCAAUAUUUGAGAGACCUUUUGGUUAUAGACACAAACUCGAUGACACACAGGCGAUAAUUUGCGUAAUUGAGACAGCACAGGAAGUCAACGGCCACACGAUAUGUCUGUAUACAACUAGGAGUAUUUAUUGCGAUUGCAGCGUGGCGCAAAUAAAGAAAAUUGUUGGAAGAUUUUGCGUCGCUACAAUGAUUUCGCUGAGUUGCACAAAUGCCUCUGCAUAUCAGGUAUCGAUCUGCCCAUGCCAGGCAAACGGCUUUUCGGUAAUAUGCGGCCAGACUUCAUAGCUGAAAGAAGACAAGCAUUACAGGUUUACAUAAAUACAGUACUAAUGAAUCCCAUUUUGGCAUCGUCAUUGCCAGCCAAACGGUUCGUCGAUCCGGACAGUUACUCGCAAUCCUUUCAUGAUCAAGCAGUGCAAAAUGCUAUGCUAUGUUUACGCAGCGAGGGUAUAUGGACAUUGGGUACCACACUUGGUCCAAUAGGUUGGCGCCUACGAAAACAUUACUUCAAAGUUUCACCAAAGCCACCGGAAAAGACUGGAAACAAAUUACUCGUGAAAAGUGGCUCACAAACACAUCAAGGCAAACAUUUUGCCUCAUCGAGCAGUAAUGGCGGCGGUGGUGGUAGCAGUAGUGGAUCAAUAGAUGGUGGCAGUUUGGAUCCUUCUGAGUUAGUUUUAGAAUGGAUCGAAUACGGACCCGACAAAUAUAUAGACGAAAAGGAAAUGGGUGGCAUACUAAAGAGUCUGUUGGGCUUACAGCAUCCGCAUAUCGAGCCAAUCGUUUACGCGGCACACAACGAGAAUGGCUGCAUAGCUGUGCGUAGAUUUUACAAACAAGGCACACUGAAGGACAUACUUUGUAUGGCAACGCCAAAAAAUCCAUUCCUUAGCAAGUACGGCAAUCCUAAGGGCAGAACGGCACUAACAAUGAAACAAGUCGCGAUCUAUGGACGUCAAAUACUGGAGGCUUUAAUAUUUAUACAUUCAAAAGGAUAUCCAUAUGGUCACUUACAUGCUGGCAAUAUUGUGAUUGUUGAUGAUUGCGUUAAAUUAUUGGACAUCGAGAAUUACGUUUUGGGUGUACCCGCCUUUUAUCGACCUUUCUUUGUGCAGCACAGUAAAAUCCACUCAGUGGAGGCUAUAGAUGUAUACAGCUUUGGGCAUGUGCUGUUCGAAAUGGCAAUGGGCUAUCCACUACAGGAAUCGGUAGUGCGUCAAAUUAACGAAUGUCCCGAAUCCUUAAAGAACCUAUUGGAGAGUAUAUUGUCAAAAGAGGCGGUUAGAGCUGGUUUACCAUCACUACAGCAACUCAUCAGUCAUCAUUUCUUUGCGCAACAUGCAAGUAGUGCGGCUGGCGGUUUUAGUUGUUGUAAUGAAGAUUCACGGAGAACGCAUUUCAAAUUGUCGCUUAACGCCAAGGAAUUCUUAAAGCAAGCUGCGCUGAAAGCUGAGUUAAGACUGCGGGAAGAACAAAAAUCAGUUAAAAAUCAAAAGCGCAUUGUGCGUGUGCAGGAGAUGAUGAGCUCCGAGGAGGAGAAACGCAAAUCCAAACAAAGAGCGAAACUCGAGCAUAAACAGUCAAAACUGAAACAACAAGGUUCAUUGCAAGCGGGCAACGGGCGUUUGUCACUUUCCGCAGCUAGUGGAUCGGCAGCGCUUAGCACAUUUGUUGGUGGCGUAACACCAUUCGAGCGCACGGACAGCGUACUAAGUAUGCAUAUGCCAAGGGAGUCAAAUGCGGCGCCCUCUUCCUCCAACAUGGACAUAAAAUCUCCACCACCAACACCGUUCGUACAAUACAAUGCACCAGAACAGCAGCAGGAGCAGCAACAUUCUGCCACAAAGCAGAUCACAUUUUUGGCAAACGUCGAACGGCAAGCGUCAACACCAAAUAUUUCCACAGACACCGAGCAAAGCGGUGAUCCAACACGCUCGGCACUCUUAGAGUCGAUUUGUAAAUUUAAUCGUGGCUCUUUGCGUAAAGUGCGCUCUAAUGACUAGAAAUAAGUAAAAAGAUUAUUUAGUAUAUAGCAUAUACAAGUUUAGACAACUAUAACUAUGUAUGUUAUAAAGAGUGGUGAAGAGGAUAACAGCCUACUGAUCCUUUUCAUAUUAUUUCAUGCACAAUAAUUCCAGCCAAAUUCAAUCACCACCUCCAGAAUAAAAGCUUUUAUAAUAUAACACACUUUCUAAAAUGCAGCAUCUAAAUUUAAUAUCCAAUAAAUAUAGUAACACAAAGUAAACAAUAACAUACAUAUAUGAAUUUUACACGUACUAGUAUCGAUGUUAACGUACAUACAUAUAUGUAAUGUAAACUAAAGUAAGAGAAUGCUCUUCAGCAUGCAACACCUGUUUAAUGUAAUUAAUCCACAGUGUACUUCACCAAAUAGAGAUUAAUAUUAGAGGAAUUCUUAUAAAAAUAUAGUCUAUACAUAUGUAUGUACAUUAAGUGUGGUGUUGUGUUUGUAAACAAAGCGUAGAUCUACGCUUUCUACACAUUUGUCACAAUUAAUGAAGAGCCAUAAAAAAUAUGUAUUAAAUAUUAGUGAUUUGUUGUUUUUUAUUAUUUUUUUUUAUUAAAAUAAUGUUAAAUGAAAGCAGAAUAAUUAUUUUUACAAAAAUCUUCUUUGUGAAAUUUAUAGUAGCCUUUUUUUGUUGAUACUUUGAAAGAACAAACAAAAGUUUGCAGCUAAAAUACUUUUACUUAAAUCUGAAAAAUCAUUCCAAAAAUGAUGUUUGUGUCUAAAAUUCUCCUCGAAAUGGUGCACAAUUUGCUUCUUGUAUCAUGUUAAAUAUUAUUGUCUUUGUUAAAUAUGAUUUUGUAUACUUUAUAUACUUUUCUGAGACAAGCUUUAUUAUUUCUAAUCAUAGGUAUAAUUUUCUUUAACAUUGUAUUCUCGAAACUGAAACGAUAUUUGUACAUGCAUACGUUUAUAUACUAUAAUAGAAGAAACACACAGUUCCUUUAUAAACAAGAAAUUUUGAAACACCAAAAAAAUUGUAUUAUUUUCUUAUCUCAUCAUUCAAAUGCGCAGAUUUUUCGUAAUGAUUAUUACCUGUCAAAUUUGUGUUGAUUUUUUUUUGUUCACUAAUGAUUGUUAAUUUUAAAAACUAUGCCUGCUUUUAGGUACAUUUACACCAAUUCGAGCCGCUUUUCGUAGCGGUUCGAAAAUUCAGUAUUUUUAUGAUCGAAAAAAAUAUAUAAAAUAUUUUUUUGUUUAAUAUUUAUAUAAUUUUAUUACAUUUUUUUUAAUUUUAUUGAUUUUUUCUUUUAAUUUUAUUGAUUUUUUUUUAAUUUUAUUACAUUUUUUUAAUUUUAUUGAUUUAAAAAAUAAAUUUAAUUUUAUAAUUUUUUUUUUUAAUUGUAUUAAAAAUAUUUUUUUUUUUUACUUUUACCCACUUUUAACUCUCUUUUAACAUAAUACCAAAUUACUUUAAUUUCAUAAUGUUCUUUAAACAAUUGUUCAGAAAUUCACCACGCAUAACAUGAGCACAAUUUUACUAAAAUAAUAUAAUCUAGUAUUAGCAUAAUCUAAUAGCUUUGAGAAUCAAAAAUAUUCACCACAUAUUAGGCGCACUAGCUGCCACUCAUUAGACGCAUCUCUCACUACUCACCACGACACCUGUAACACAAACCUAUAGGUACCUAUAAAAUAGUAAUAUAACGAUUAAGCACUCAAAAACGCACUUUAGUAUAUAUUUAACCACCUACAAGCAUAAAAAAUCUGCAAAAUCAAAUCAACGUGCACAAAAUAUUCAACCAAAAGGUUUUUGAUAUUAUUUUUCAAAUCAGAAUCCUGAAAUAUAUAAAUCUCUUGAAUAUCUUACAAAAAUAUACCAACGUGAUAAAAAUUAAUAUUGAAUGCUAUACUUGAAAUAUAUUUAUGCAAAUAUGUCUACAAGAUUAUCGAUUUAAUUUAGUAAAAUUUAUAACUACAUAUUACUCAGCGCUUUUAGCCCAAAGUCAUAUUUCAAAAACAUUUUUUAGGUGGGUGCCACAACAAACAUUGCUGUUGUGUUAUGGCUGCAGAAUUGCACUAAGCAACGUAAUGUGUAUUUGUGUUUAUUCAUAAUUUUACUUUUUAUAUUUAUUACUUACUUUUAUAGCCUGGAUAAUUCAUAAUAGACCACGGCUGGCAGUGCAAUUCGCAAAAUUUAAUCUAUACCCUGAACAGGGUUUAUUAAGUUUGUAACACCUUGAAGGAAACGUUGGAGAGCAUACAUUAGUAUAUCUAUACAUGAACAGCGUGACGAGCUGAGUCGGUUUAGUCCUGACCUGUAUACACGUGUGCCAGGUCCGCAGUUUUUGAGAUAUCGAUCUGAAAUUUUGCACACAUCCUUAUCUCUCCAAGAGGCUGGUCAUUUGUCGGACCCGCGUUUAUCGGACCAUUAUAGCAUAUAGCUGUCAUAAAAACUGUACGAUGGUGUCAACUACCUGUUUGGAAAAUUUUUUCGUUUGACGAGAUAUCUUCACGAAAUUUGACAUGGGUUAUUGUCUAAGGCAAUAUUGCAAUCUCCGAAGAAAUUUUUCAGAUCAGAUCUCUACAGCAUAUGACUGACAUACAAACUGAACGAUCGAAAUAUAGUUCUUAUAAGGAAUAUUUUGUAUUUGUGAAGGUUAUUAAAACUUCGCUGCAGCCGAAGUUAACAUCUUUUACUAUUGGUUUUCUUUUUUUAUAAUUUCGUUAUGUCAACAAUUUUUCUUUUUUUAUUAUUUGUUUUUUAUUUAUAUUAAAUUAUUAUUUUUUUUAGUUAUCAUUAUUUUGUCGUUAUAUAUAAUAAAUAUACAUGUGUUUAUACAUAUAAUAUCUGUUCGUUAAAAAAAUAUAAAAUUUUGUUUUCAGUUAAAAUUUUUCUCUUCAAUUAUGUUGCUUGGUGUUGCAAAUAACAGAACUGAUUUUUGAUAAUACUAUAAAAUAGUAGCUGACCUUUGCUAAUUUUUUUAAAGACUUUUCGAAGUAAUGUAUAUAUUAUAAACCCAACUAUUUACAAGUCCAAUUCAGUGUUGGCGCAAUUAUAUGUAUGUAUCUCUAAGUAAUUAUUAUAUAAAUCUGUGUGUGAAUAUGUUUCUGUAUUACUGCACCUAACUGUCGGCCAUUAGAAAAAAAUGAUUAUUAAUUUUUUAAGGUAAAAAUUGUGUGUCAAAAAUUCUAUAUACCUACAUUUUUAUAAGCAUUUUUAACAUGUUUUUAUUUUAUCUAACCUCAAAUUUGAAAGAACCCUUUUGUAUUUAAUUUUAAUACAUUGUUAUCAACACAGAGCCUAUGAUUUUAAAAUAUAUUGAGGCAUGUUGUUGUUGUACCGAGUUGACAAUCCUUGACAGGAUAACAAUCCGGUACCGUUCCGAUUUCUUAGACCCGACUAUCGUGAGAACUAAUAUGGAGACUUAUAACUCUUUGUACUGGUCAAGUGCCGCUACGUCAGCGAUGUUGGCAGAGUGUAAUACUACUAAAACAAUAACAACGACCUAAUCGUCUUUUGCAUCAGCAAUAAAAAGUAGUAUUGACUUCUAUGUAACCGGAAUAUACCUGCAGCUCUACCCGGCCUCUGCAGUAUUGCAAAACGUAAUUAAGAAAAUUUUAUAGUUGUUAGAACAACAAAAGGAAAUUGCGAACUCCACAUUUCAGUGACUUUUCUACUUGUAUGCUGAUCUUAUGACCCUGAUCAAUAUAAUUGUAAUAAGACUUACCGAUCUAAAAGAGGUUAGAUCUCCGGUAUAACAUAACAGCACUUGGCCGGAUGCAAUCCGGGUCAAUUCGGUGACGUACGGAAUUUAAUAUAUAAUUUUGUAAUAUAAUUGUAUUCAUUCAAGGCUAUUUGUCGAACAAAUUACCGCUUUGUAAAAAAUAUGAGUCAAAAUUUUAUAUUUUUUUAUGCCAAAUUAAAAUUUGUAACCUAAAAAUUUUCGUAAAAGAAUGAACUUAGCUUGAAAAAAAAACCCCAAA